AAUUUUCAGCAACUCUACCUCAACACCACGUCAUUGAUCGCAUUUGAAAUAAAAACGAACUUCUCGGACCGAUACGAUCUGGCCUUGACCUACUACACAUCCCCGAUGGAAUUCUACUGGUUCGUUGCUCGAACUGUAGCCAUCUUGGAAACAGCACGACGUAAAGGGGCCUUUCCGGUUCUGGUAAGAGAAUAACAAUGGCAUCUUGAUUCCUUGUGUUAUUUAGGACGUCUUUAUUUGAGCUUUUAGUUCCUCAGCCGUGAUCAAAGAUUGAAUCAAUCUUUGAUGAUGCUAUGGGAGACAAAUAUGUGUCAAUGAAUUUUAACGGGUUGGGACGGGACACAGGGUUGGACUGGGCCGCCGGGACACCGGGAAGAUUCCCGAUGGGCCGCUAGGACCAGUGAUAUAAAAAAAAAAUACAAGUCAUGAAGAUAGGGCCUUUUUUUUUUUUUUUUUUUUUUUUUUGCCCGGGCCGCUUGAACUCCCCAGUCCAUCCCUGACGGGACAUUAAAUUUAUGAAAAUGUAUUACAUUAAAUGGCCGUGGCGUUAACACAUCAUUACCGUGCAUGCUACAUUCAUAAUUCAUCUUCCCUAAACCGCUAAUACCAGGUGAUGGAGACUGUGUACUACUUACUAAAAGACGUGGCAGAAAAUGAGAUGACACAUUUUAUCUUGUCCAAAGUCAAGCAUGAGGGGACAGACAGAGUUUAUUUUGACGAUUUCCUCGGAGAAGAUGACGUCACUGAUGAGAACAAGCCCCUGGUA